UGCAGUGGGCAGUCCGCGGGAAGCCACGCCCCGCCCCUCGGCCGGGUCUCUAGCCGCCGCCACGAGGACAGCAUGGCAGGCGCUGAGUUGCGGGCGGCGCUGGAGCAGCGGCUCGCCGCCCUGGCCAUUCGCACAGAGGUCGUGGAGCACCCAGAGGUGUUUACAGUUGAAGAAAUGAUGCCUCAUAUCCAGCAUUUGAAAGGCGCACACAGUAAGAACUUAUUUCUUAAGGACAAAAAGAAAAAAGGCUAUUGGCUGGUGACAGUUCUUCAUGAUAGACAAAUUAAUUUAAAUGAUCUCGCCAAGCAGUUAGGUGUCGGGAGUGGAAACCUGCGGUUUGCUGAUGAAGCAGCCAUGCUAGAAAAACUGAAAGUUGGCCAAGGUUGUGCCACACCAUUGGCACUCUUCUGUGAUGAUGGAGAUGUGAAGUUUGUUCUGGAUUCUGCCUUUUUGGAAGGUGGAUAUGAAAAGGUGUACUUUCAUCCAAUGACCAAUGCUGCAACCAUGGGAUUGAGCCCUGAAGACUUUCUCACAUUUGUGAAGAACACAGGACAUGAUCCCAUAAUACUAAACUUUGAUAAAAACUAAUUGGGCUAAAGUUCAGAGUAUUUAUUUCUGAAAGCUGUUUUUCUUACUUGUAAUUAUAAAAAGCAUUAAAAAUGGGAAGACAUAUCUAGCA